AUGUCUGGAAAUAAUCGUCAAAGUCUUACUGAACGGCGUCGAAGCUCAGUCAGGUUUUCAGAGGGCACAUUCGCCCCUUCCACCACUGGCGUGCCCGAUGGUGACGCGCUGCGCAGAUCCUUCAGAGACCGACCAUCCACACCCGCUGCCAGCAUGCUGCCCGGUGCCUACUUCCCAUCCCCUUCAGACAAUGAUACACCAUUCGAAGAAGCUGUUUCCGAUGUCCAAAGAAAACUGCCCGCAUGCAAAGAACCCUCAGUAGCUACCAGUCAGCCUGGAUUCAAAUCUAAUAACCGGCUCAGGUCUGCAUCCGAGAGCCUCCACACUCGCCCACAAGGAUCUUUUUCUCAAAAACCCAAACACGACUUUGAGUCUAAUAAGACUGAUCUGGCGGUCGAAUAUUUCCCCCAAACGUCCUUGCCAACCUUUCAACCCCCUUAUACCCUCCAUGCAUCUGUGCCUCAGCCUCCCUCGAACAGCAUAGCACCACCCUCGCACCAGCAUCAUCCCGACGCGCUUUUUCCAGGUCGGCCCCCACUUUCUCGAGCUAAUGAAGGCAUCAUACAAAACAGCUCACCUCGAAGGUCAACUCUUGAUGGACAACCGCCAAGUUACCCUGAGAGAACUUAUUACAACCAUGAUUAUCGUAAUUCUGACUAUACCGAUCAAGCACUAGUCAAUUCUCUUCAACCCGCUCCCCCAGCUUCAUCUGGUCUACCUCAAUCAAAUACCAUGUAUGACUCAGGUGAAGGGUUCAGAGCGCUACGCGAUGAAGCAAGACGGGACAGUGACAUCCCGCACCAACGCGGUGAUCUUGAGUCUGGCUAUCCGGCAAUCAAUCUUUCUGGAGUGGAUGAUCCGGCGGGACGCGGAGAUCCUCGGCACCGGACUUCUCAGCCUGCCAAACCGUCCCUCCGUAGGGCGACUACGGAAGAUGUGGUUGAAAAGGAGCCGAACCGAAAGGCGGCAGAUAUCGUGGGCUCCCACAUCAAACGUCGUCGCGGAAAGUCAGUCGGGAACACUGGACUCAAGCCUCCUUCGCUGAUGGAAGAUUUCGAAGAUGUUGAUGAAUUCGAUACGCCCCCUCCCGCUUCCUCGGUCAAGGGCGGCGUACUCUCCCAUCUCUUAGAGCUUUACGGUAACAACAGGGCCGGUCCAAUCGAACGAUCCGGUUCAGCAACCUCGGCCACAACCUAUGCUGGCGGGAGCGUUGCGACGAGUCGACAAACCUCGAUCGACUCGCGUGUCGCCAAUCGAAGAGUUCCUUUUGUUUCGCCUUGGGACUCUAAUGAAAAAAUGUAUUCUCAUUCGCCUCCAAAGUCUUCCGAACAUGGCGAUCACGCCAAAUCUUCUAAGCGAAACCGGAAAGCGCGUGAUUCAGAUGGCGCUGAGAGCGAUGGAGCUAGUGUCCGAAGCACUUACUCUGUCAAAACUUUCCGCGAGGUUGUCGGCGCCGUCCAGGAGAAAUUUCAUCACCGAAAGACCAAGAGCCGGGAGCGGAGAGCUACCAUCACCCGGCAUGUAGCCGAUAUUCUGAAAAGGCAAAAUUUUAUCCUCAAGCUUGCAAAAGCGCUGAUGACAACUGGCGCACCAAGUCAUCGACUCGAAUCCCAACUCAGUGCGACUGCUCGAGUGCUAGAGAUCGAUGCUCAGUUCGUCCAUCUUCCAUCGAUCGUAAUCGCGACCUUUGGGGACGCAGACACCCGGACCUCCGAAACACAUUUUGUCAAAGCCAAUGGCGGGAUCGAUCUGGGCCAACUCCAUCGCGUCCAUCAUGUCUAUAAGUCUGUAGUUCAUGACCAUACCGGAGUCGGCCAAGGGAGCGCAGCUCUACAUAAGAUUCUCAAUGAAAGUCCGCUCUACAGCCCUUGGCAAAGGAUGGUCAUCGCCUUUUUCUGCUGUGGCACGAUUGCCAUCCUGGGUUUUGCCGGAAGCUUCGUCGAUGGGUGGGUUGCCGGUGCUUUUGGGAGUUUUUUGGCGUUCAUGCAGUUAAAGGCUUCAACCAAUCAGAUGUACUCCAGCAUCUUCGAGAUCUCUGUCGCAACCAUUGUAUCCUUUAUUUCCAGAGGGCUCUCGACCACCAAUUACUUCUGCUACGAGUCCCUCUCAUCUGCCGGUGUGGUGUUGAUCUUGCCUGGUUAUAUCAUUCUGUGCGGUUCUUUGGAAUUGGCGUCGAAAAACUUGAUUGCUGGCUCUGUUAAGAUGGUUUACGCUGUGAUCUACUCUCUUUUCCUGGGAUUCGGGAUCUCCAUAGGCUCUGACUUUUACUACCUUUUGGAUCCCAAAGCCCGCCAUAAUACCCAGAUGCAACAAGCCACUCAGAGUCAUGUCUACACACUGUCGGGUUCAUUCAAUGGGAUGAACGGGACAAUUCCUGGGAUGAUCGGCGAUUUUACCUUCUCGAAUGGCACGGCUGGUGUGACGGGGGAAGGGGAGCUUCACCAAGGAAGAAUUCAAUGUUAUCGAGAGCCCCAUUGGGAGUGGUGGAGACAACCUGCGAGCCCAUAUUGGUCAUUCCUACUCGUCCCGAUGUUUUCUUUCUUUCUCAGUCUCUGGAACUUGCAACCCAUCUGGACGAAGCAGAUGCCUGUGAUGGUUAUCAUUGCCUGCAUCGGAUGGGUUUGCAAUUUCUUUGCCAACAAAUUUAUCUUCGAUCGAUCAGACGUUGUUUCCUUCUUGGGGGCUUUUGUGAUCGGUCUGUUGGGAAAUAUGUACUCACGAUUUUUCAAAGGGACGGCUUUUACUAGUAUGGUCACUGGAGUUCUAUUCUUGGUGCCCUCCGGAAUUGCAGCGGCUGGUGGUCUUGCGAUGACGUAUCACUCUACCUCAGGGGAUUCUUACAGCAAUGGGCUGAUAAUCGGUUUUCGUAUGGUGCAAGUUGCCAUCGGGAUUACCGUCGGUCUGUUUUUCUCUUCGUUUGUCGUUUAUUCCUUUGGGAGCGGAAAAUCGAGCGCAACAUUCACCUUUUAAGCUUCCAAAGCCGCUCAACGCAAACGCAUCAUACCAUAUUUAAUCAUAAUAAUAAUAGUUUCAGUACCGUUCUGUUGCCUUCUUUAUACACCAUUUCUCACAAACUAAUUCUAUUUCCGCAAGACGCAAGAUUCUUGCAAGCCGAAAUUUUACACACCUAAUGCUAUGAUGAAAAGCAUGGACACAUGUUUUCGCCUACUUUCGUUUAAACGAUUUGUCACUUUUAGCCCUUUUGAACUACUUGAUCACCAUCUAAUCAUUCUUUAUGAGUAAUUGUAAUAAAAAAAAACUCAUGUCCCG